GCAACGAGAGAAGGAAAGGGAGGGGGAUCAAUAAACGCGCCUGUGGGAGCCACUUUCGCUGUUUCACUGUCUCUGGUGGGCUGUCUGCACGAGGCGAGCCCCCGUUCUUAGAACAUUUUCCGGUCCUCGAGCGCGUGAGGGUGCCGGUACGAAUCCCAUUAGAGCAUCUUGCUCACUGAAAAGUAAAAACCGGAAAUUUGGGUGGAAACCAUGACAACAGCAGAGACCGGAGACUGAGAGCAGAGUCGCAGUCAACAAACUGGCAGUGGACCGGUGAACUCUGAUGUGAGAGAAGGAGCUUUUUUUAUUUUUACAAUACCAUUUUUAUUUCAAAGCUCUUUUUCUCUGUCAAGUAUGAAAUCAUCGAAGAAGAGCGCGGAGCAGAAUAUCCUGAGAGUUCUAUGCGGAGUGAUGGUCAUGGCCUCCAGCGGUCACGGCGCAAGAGUUGUCAGUGGUCAGACAGUGUGUCAGGGAGGGGAGGAUCAUCCAUGCUAUAAGAUCGCCUACUUCCGGGAAAUGACCAGCCGGAUUGCAUUCAGCGAGGCCAGAAAGGCAUGUGAGAUGGACGGAGGGUCGUUGCUGAGUGUAGAGAGCGCUGCGGAGCAGAGACACAUAGAACACCUGCUACAGGAGCUUCGGACCUCCUCAACAGGAGCAGGGACAGAAACGGGGGAAGGAGCAGGUACCGGUAAUGGAGGAAUAGCAGACGGUGAUUUCUGGAUCGGGCUGAUGAGGACAGAAGGAGAACACACACAGGAAAAUGGCGGCUUUGCCUCCUGUCCUGACCUCUACCUCUGGACCGAUGGGAGUGUGUCCCAAUUCAGGAACUGGUAUUUUGACGAGCCGUCGUGCGGAGGGGAGGCGUGUGUAGUGAUGUACCACCAGCCUACAGCGCUCCACGGGCUGGGCGGGGCCUACAUGUACCAGUGGAAUGAUGACAGGUGCAACAUGAAGCACAACUUCAUCUGCAAGUACGAACCAGAGAGCCGUCUGGGGAAGGAGCAGGGGGACAGGCCUGGAGCUCGUGACCCAGAUGUGGCGGUGGUGCAGGCAGAUGAGGUCAAACAAUCCGGACCAAGUGAGGACGACGCCCCACACGUAGUCAUAGCUGGAUCCUCAGGUAUGCUGCUGGUUUAUGUAAUCAUCCCCACCAUCCCUCUGCUGCUGCUCAUCCUGGUGGCUUCUGGGACUUGCUGUUUCCAGAUGUUUAGUAAGAGCAAACCACGGACCAAAACCAGUGUUAACCACCAAUCAACGCUCUGGAUCUCCAAGACACCCAAGACAGACAGCAUGGAAGUAUGAAUGGCAGGUUACAUCACAAACAAGAUAAACAGAUUAGGCAGAAGCAACUGAAUGUUACCUCUCUUUCCCUCAUACGAUCCUUGUUCCAAAUACAUCUUACUAUCCACCUCAACCAAUGACCUGCUCUCCUCUUCUGCAUUUCCUUUGUUCAAUUUGUUCAUGUCUCCACCACUCUGUUUAGUUUUUCCUUAUUUCCUUUCUCCUCCCCUCCACCCCUCCUGUCCUGUCCUCCUGUUAAUGUGUUCCUGCAAACAAAAAUGAAACGACUUAAUGGAUAAUUUGGCAAUCCUCGUACCUAUCUGAUAUCAAGGUAAACCUACUGCUGCUGAUAUCAAGGUAUACCUGCUGCUGUUGCCAGGGAGUUUCUGCUGGAAUCCCAGUGUCUGUACGCAUGUGUGAGUGUGAGCAUGCUACCUUGUGUGUACACUAAUGUGUGUGUGUGUGUUACACUAAUUGGUUCCAAACAGAGGAAGUAAUUAACUAUCAGUAAUUAAGGGUGGUGCGAGGGGGACCCUGAUAAAACAAGGAAUUGAACCAUCCCCUGUGACCAGGAAUAGGGUCAGAGCCACUUAACACAUCACACAGAUUCACUCCUGAAGAGCAGCACACAGCGAGGUGUAAGAGAGGAGGGAGAGCGGGGAGAGGAGGGAGUGCGGGGAGAGGAGGGAGAGCGGGGAGAGGAGGGAGUGCGGGGAGA